UGCAAGACUCUGUCUGAGAACAGCAUUAGCAAACUAACAUUAGCCUGAAUGAUCUUGAAUGUGUGUAUCAAGCUAGAGCCACUCAGAGGGCAAAGGUCAUUCUGGUGAACCCUCUCCAUCCUCUUCAUGCAGAGUUUCAGCUUCUUCCAUCUAAGAGAAGUGUUCGUGAUGCUGUCCUGUACGUUUCGUUAUGGCCGUCAAGACAUGGAUGUGAUGGGCGUGGCCUUCAGGAGGGACCUGUUUGUGGUAACGCGGCAGAUUUACCCCGAGCUGCAGGACAAAGACAAGCUGACUCACACCAAGAUCCAGCAGAAGCUGCUGCGGAAGCUGGGGGACAACGCCUUCCCCUUCUUCUUCGAGUUUCCAGACAACUUGCCGUGUUCCGUCGCUCUGCAGCCCGGACCAUCUGACGUGGGAAAGAAAUGUGCGGUGGAGUUUGAGGUGAAAGCUUUCUGUGGUGAGACCCAGGACGAGAAGAUCGACAAACAGAGUUCAGUUCGUCUCACCAUCCGUAAGAUCCAGUACAGUCCAGAGGACAGUAAAGUCAUCCCCACAGCAGAGACAACCUUCGAGUUCCUGAUGUCUGAGAAACCGCUGCAUGUCAAACUGAGCAUGCCCAAAGAGACGUUCUACCAUGGUGAACCCGUCAGAGUCAACGCAGAAAUCAACAACUCGUCCAGCAGGAACAUCAAAGACAUCAGCGUGUCAGUCGAACAGGUGACCAACGUUGUUCUUUACUCCAACGACAAGUACGUCAAAUCAGUGGCCAAAGAAGAGACCAGUGACUCCGCCCCCUCAGGUACCACCCUGAAGAAGGAGUACACUCUGUAUCCUCUGCUGGCUCACAACAAAGAUCGCAGAGGACUCGCUUUGGACGGACGCCUCAAACAUGAGGACACCAACCUGGCUUCUUCCAGCAUAGUGAAGCAGGAGGUGCUGAAGGAGGUCCAGGGAAUGUUGGUGUCCUAUAAGGUGGUGCUGAGGAUGAUCGCCUCAGGGACGGUGGGAUCCAGUGAAGUGUCUCUGGAGCUGCCAUUUAAACUGAUGAACCCCAAACCUGAACCAGCCAAAGAGAGGUGAGAUCAUUCAUCUCUUAUUUUACCUGUGUUUGACUUCCUGUCUGUGUCUCACCUGGAGAAACUCAGACUGAUCCCAGGUCAGGUCAGAGUCACAGCUGAUCUCAGGUCAGAGACACAGCUGAUCUCUAGUCAGAUGUGUCUCUGUAUCUCCAUGUCUCCAUGUCUUCAUGUCUUUGUGUCUUCAUGUCUCCAUGUCUCUGUGUCUUCAUGUCUCUGUGUCUCCGUGUGUCCAGCGAACCAGACGACAUGGUGUUUGAGGAGUUUAAACGAGCCUACCUGAAGGGCGUUGUUUACGGAGACGAUGACGAGUCUCCCACUGAGGCGUGACCUACAAAGAUGGCCGUCACAGACUGGACUGAGGACAAAAUAAUUCAAUGUGUCCAUGAUGUCUCCUGUAGCGUCCCCUGUAGGACAAACUGUGUAACUGUUCAGACUGGACACAGAUAAAUGAUGAAUGUAGAUUUGUUAUAAACAUGAUUGUUAAUCUCAUUUAUUGAUCAUAACAAUAAUAUUGAUGAUAGUAAUAAUAAUAAUGUGUGUAGAGUCUUUAAAUCUAAAACAUGUUUACUGAUAUGAGAUGAUGAUGUUUAUUAGUUUGUGUUUAUUAGUUGUGUUGAAGCUACUGUAGUGACACCUGUGUGUGAAGGUAAUAAGAAGCGUGUAGCUGUCCUGUUAAAUGUCCUGCGUCAGUGUAGUACUAAGUGUGAUCAGUCUGCUUCCUGUCAGAGAAAUAUAGUUUCUGUUUUUGAGUUUUACAUUUCUUUAUUUGAUGUUA